AUGGCGUCGAGACUACCUCCAGAGAUUCUCGGUCCAAUAUUUCAAGAAAUCUACAACUCUCGACCCAAUUCUAAACCUCAUGAGCAGUAUCGCAAUUUAUUUUCGUGUUUAAUGGUAAACCGACUUUGGUGUAGAAGUGUAAUCUCUUAUAUCUGGUCUUCUGUGUUCACAUCUCAUUCACCGGUUCGCAAUGGUGCCAUCGAUAAAUAUAUUUCAUGUCUCUCGCCCCCGAAACUUGAGGUUCUCAGGUGUGCCGGGGUCCAACUUCCCGCUAUCCCUUCGACGCCACCAAUUUUUAAUUAUCCAGUAUUUCUAAGAAACCUUCGAUUCGAAAUUUUCCUGAGGGAUGUCUUUGAUUGGUGUCACGAGCAUAAUGCCAGUCAGCAUCAUGAUCUGGUAGUGAGGUUGUUAUUAGAGUUGUUCGCGGAGAGCGGUGCCCGAUUGGAGACAUUUGAGAUGAAAUUCGUGGAUAGAAAUGCAUUUCCCGAUUAUUGUGAAAAAUUAGAACGGUUGGGUUUGAAUUUUAUAUGCGAAGAUAGGUUUAAGCCGCUAUUUUGCGGGGUUAAGAAAUUAUGGUUGGGAAGGGAUGCGAUUGAAUCGUGUGAGAAUUUGGAAUCGCUGACAUUUCAUGAUUGUUUUUGUGUCACGUCGGAAUUGGUCGAACCCUUGUUGUUGAACGCUUGGACGAAAUUGGAAUAUGUUUAUGUUACGCCGAGUUUCCUUGACUCAGAGGCACAUCGUGGACAGAGAAAUUGCGAAAGUUUAGAAAGAUGGGCAAAGGAAUUCAGUAAUAAUGGAAAAUUUUGGGAAAGCAAUAGUGUACCUUUGAAUUAG